AGACGCCUGGUCUCUGGUCCGACUCCUAGAGACGCCUGGUCUCGGGUACGACUCCUAGAGACGUCUGGUCUCGGGUACGACACACUCGUCCAGACAAGUGUCUCUGAAGUUGUCCUCGUCUGUCUUCCGUCAGUUUGUGCCGACAACAACCACGUGCGGACGUGGACGGUGACUCGGUUCAGAGGGAUGAUCUCCACCCAGCCGGGGUCCACGCCGCUCACUUCCUUCAAGAUCCUCAGCCUGGACGACGUGGACGGACACGGAGGCUGCAGCGCCGGCACAGAGAUAGGUCCGUACGGAGAGAGAGACGACCAGCAGGUGUUCAUCCAGAGAGUCGUACCGGACACGGAUAAGCUCUACGUGAGGCUGUCGUCCAACGGGAAGAGGGUGUGCGAGGUGCGCUCGGUGGACACCACCUCCAUCACGGCCUUCAUGGUCCACGAGUGCGAGGGUUCGAGUCGCAUCGGCUCUCGGCCUCGUCGCUACCUCUUCAGUGGCCACGGCAACGGCAGCAUCCAGAUGUGGGACCUGACGACCGCCAUGGAGAUCGCCGGCAAGGUCGACGUCAGAGCGCUGGGCGGGCCAACGGAGGAGGAGCUGCUGGAGCUGCUGGACCAGUGCGACCUGGCUCUGACCAGAACACCUGACAGCACACCGAGAGCCUCCACCUGCAGUCUUCACUCUCAGCUCACGGACGUCUUCAGGAUGGAACGCCUCCACUCUGCAGCUGGAGCACGAGGAGGCGGAGCUUCGGGUUCGUCGGCCUCGUUGUGCGGCAGCCUCCCCCGGCAGGCUCCGCCCCCCGCUCCCCUCACCAAACCUCCUGUCCGGGACUCCGCCCUCAGCGGGCCGCAGACCCUCAACAUCCCCGCCUACGCCCACAACUCCGCCUCCGGCCACAACAACCAGACCGCCAGCCCCUGUCCCCCCAGACACCUGGACCGGGACAAAGAGUGGGGGUCUGUGCGCAGGGGGAGCUUCGUGGAGCGCUGCCAGGAGCUCGCUAAGGGUUCAGAGGCGGCGGGCUCUGGGUUCGGGGUCCCGGUGGGUUCGGAGGGCAGCAGGCGGAGCUUAGCGGUGUGCACCGAGCUAGAGGCCAGGUUUGGCCUCAGGACCCCCACCACCUUCUCCGUGUCACCCGGUGCACGCCACUCCCCGGGAACACCUUCGUCCAUGUCGUCGCCGUCGUCGCCUCUGACCUCAUCUCUGUCGCACCGCAGGACCACGCCUACUCCCCCAACAAGCCCCGCCCCCGCAGCCGUGAGCCCGUCGCGGUCCAGUAUGCCUGCCUCACCUCGCCGCGGCACCGCGACGUCUCCUGACGACAACCCGGCUUCCCCCGAGAGCCCGGUGAGUCCGGACAGCCCCGCCACCGGACUGCCCACCAGCCCCAAACCACACAUGAACGAGACCAGCUUCUGAUUGGCUCUUCAGACCGAGACUCUGCUUCUGAUUGGCUCUUCAGACUGAGACUCUGCUUCUGAUUGGCUCUUCAGACUGAGACUCUGCUUCUGAUUGGCUCUUCAGACUGAGACUCUGCAGACAGACUCUCCACUGUUUUAUUAAAGCUGCAUUGAUUAAUAUUCUCAGUCAAUAAAUCGAAUGACUCGGUGAUGUCAAAGGGCUCUGUUGUAGUUCUAACAGCAUAUGUUAGUUGUAGUUCUAACAGCAUAUGUUAGCUGUAGCCAGCUAAGCUAAUGCUAACACUGAAAAUGAGGCUAACUGGUCCCAGUUGUACUGGAAGUUACAUCGUAGAUGUACUCAGUGAACACAAAAGUCAUUUAAAUGAUGAUGCUAUAUUUAUACUUUAAUGUUUGUGUUUUCAAACGUUUCACUUUAUUUUACGAGAGAAACGUAAUUUGAAGAUGAGGAAUAAAAACCGUUAAUAACAACGUUAUCUAUAAUUAAGUUUGCAAUUCUAUAGAACUCAAGUACAUUUACUCAAGUACUGUUCCUGAGUACAAUUUCCAGGUACUUGUACUUUACUGUCAUUUUCUGCUACUUUCCACUUCUCAACAGCUCAGAAGUACAUAUUGUACUUUUUACAGUUUGUUACUUUACAGAUUCAGAUUAUUAAUCAACUAAUGAUUGAUGUACUAUUACAGAUUAAACUACCAGCAGUAUAUAAAUGAAUAUGAUAAUAUAAUAUAUAUUAUUCUGCAGAAGUAGUAGCUAUUGAUGCUAAUAGUUAUACUUGUAACAGAGUAUUUCUACACUGUGGUAUUAGUACUUUAACUGAAGUAAAAGAUCAGAGUACUUCCUCCACGGCAGCGAGUCACAGCUGAUAGAUACAUCUGGUGGAGAAGCUUUGAUGACUGUGUGACGUGGAGGAGACCAAACCGGAGCUGAAGGAGGAGCGCUUCAGUGAAGCUUUUGUUAACUUUAUCUUUGUUUCUCUAGCUUUUUGAACCAACAGGAACGUUUUCUAACCUUUUGUAUCUUCAGUCUGAACAAUCUUUUAUAAAAAAAACACAAAAGUU